AUGGAAAUCUCUCGUGAAAAAUUAAAUGAAAAGCUAGCUUCUUUUGAUAAAUUAGUAGAAGUAGAAAUAAAUUUGAUUACUUCUGGUGAGAAGGUUACAAAACCUACAUAAUAAACACCAGAAUAUUUAAGUUUAAGGUAAGAAUUAGAAAAAGUAGUUGAAGAUAUAUCUAAAACAGGUGAACCCUCCCCUUAUGAUUGGAAGUGUCUUAGAAGUUUUAUUAUUGUAAUGGCCAGAGAUGUUUUGAAUUAAAUGUAUAGCGCUUUCCCAGAUAUGAAAUCAAACUAAGGCGAAUCAUUUGAAGAAGAAUUAGAUGUUAUCUUGCAAUUUAUUUCUGGUUUUGAAUCAAAACCACCUUUCACACUACAAAGAAUAUGUGAACUACUUAUAAAUCCUAAGAAGAAUUACAAAAGCUCUAAAAAAAUAUUAUUUGCUUUAGAAAAAUUAGUAAAUGUUACUGCUAAUUGA